AUGGUGCACCCAGAAAUGAACAGAAAAAUAAAAUUUCUGAACGGAGAAAUAUCGCUAGUGGAUACGGAUGGAAUUGUUUUGUUUGCAAACCACAACUACCGAUUUACCAAAACGGUGUGUGACAAUUUGUAUUCAUCGACUCUGAUGAAGUUAGAAGAUGAAGAUAGGGUAGAAAUUAAAUCGAAGAAAAGUGGAGAAAUCUAUCUAACCAACAGUUACGAUGGAAUCCACAAGUACGUCCUACAUGUUAUGCUUCCAAAAUAUAACAGUAAGUAUAUCUUAGCUACUCAUAACACCAUGAAUCUAUGUGUGCAAGAAAUAUUAUGCAUCUGUGUAGAUAAGAGAAUACAAUCAAUCUCGAUCCCGUUAGUUUCCUUUGGCUUAUUCUUCCCAAUUAAUAUAUUUUUGGUUAGUUUGCUCAAGAGUCUCCGAUCGUUACUUCUCCUACCUCAGUUCUACAACGCUAUUAAAUCGAUUGUCUUCGUUACCAACUCGAAUGACUUAUAUCUCCUGACCUUGAAAUAUGCUUCCAUUUUUUUUCCUCGAUGUCGUGAAGAAACGUUUCUUUCUGCUAACAUUGCCAUUUUGGGUAACAAGUUGGGCUCCAUCGAUGUGCGUAACAGGGCCGCGUCGCCCGCCUCAUCAGCCAUUUUCAAAGAAACAGACACGGAGUUCUUAAGUCUAAAAACGGAAAGCGAAGGACACAAAAAAUUAUACAAGCUACAGGAGAUUAACAAACGGGAAGAAAACAUGCUUGCUAAUUUGGAGUGCUGUCUCCGUCUCAGUUGCAUGUACAACAUAAAAAAAAAGUAUCGCGAAUUUGAGACGGAUUCUUUUCUGUACGAGUACGGGAUUGACGAACAUGGAAGGAAAACAAUGGUCGUAAAUUUUUUUAAGUUUCCCCAAUCGUAUAACUACCACUUAUUGUUUCUGUUUUUAUUGUUCCACUUCAACUCCAUCAUGCGGAACCACUUUGUGUUACUGUUCAUUUUCUCCGAAAACAUCUCGACCCAAAUCACCAACGUAUUGUCUCUCUUUAAGGACAUUUUUCAACUCGUGACAGAUUUUUUGCAUAACCUAAAGGUCAUUUAUUUCUUUAAUUACUCUCUCGCUUUCAAGCUCUUCAUCUACGUGCUCUACCCGUUCAUCCCGGCCAGCAUCUACAGCAACAUCGUGUACCUUAACGAUGCCGAGGAACUAUCGAAGCACUUCGACGUUAAGAAGGCCUUGAGACAGUGA